AGAGGGGAGGAUAGGGCAGGAGGGCGCGUGAGCACGGGUUGGGAGGGCGGGCAGGCAGGGGAGGAGAGGGGGUCUGCGCGCGGACGCUACCCAGAAGCCACCGGCCCGCAGCCACAGCGGCGGCCGUCCUCCCUGAGCCCAGCCGGGCGCGAGCUCCCGCCCCUCGCCCCCCAGCCCGCAGGACGCGCCUCCCAGCCCGCCCCAACCCUCCGGAGGAGGGGAGGCGGGAAACAGCUCAAGCCUCUCCCACCGCCCUGCCUCCAGCCCCGCCACUCCCUGGCUCCUCGGGACUCGGCGCGUCCUCCUGGGAUCGUCUUGGAGGGGACCAGCUGCGCAGACGCCAUGGAGGUGGUGCUGAUCUUUCUCUGCAGCCUGCUGGCCCCGGCGGUCCUGGCCAGUGCCGCUGAGCAGGAGAACGAAAUGGACCCUUUCCAUUAUGACUACCAGACGCUGAGGAUUGGGGGACUGGUGUUUGCUGUGGUCCUCUUCUCAGUUGGGAUCCUCCUUAUCCUAAGUCGCAGGUGCAAGUGCAGCUUCAACCAGAAGCCCCGGGCUCCCGGAGACGAGGAAGCCCAGGCGGAGAACCUCAUCACCGCAAAUGCAACAGAGCCCCAGAAAGCAGAGAACUGAAGUGCAGCCCUCAGGUGGGAAGCCUCCCGGAACCUGAAGGCAGCUGCUUGAACCUUUAGAUGCAAAUGUCGAUGCUUAAGACCAGCCAUUUCAGCAACAGACCUUUCCCCAGGAGAAGCCAAGAACUUGUGUGUCCCCCGAGCCCCUCCCCACACCCCCAACUCCAUCCCUCAACUUACCGAUGCGGCUAACACUCGCCUCCCCCUCUGCAGCCUGCGGCCUCGUCGUCUCCUGUGACGUGUCUGUGUGUGCGUGUGCGUGUGUGUCGCUGACCGUGGUCUUCGUGGCUGCUCGUUCGUGGAUGAUGUUGUGCCAGUGAACUGUGGACUCACUUCCCUGGGCAGGAACUGAGCCUUGUUGCCAUCGGCUCCCUGCCCCCGUGGCCCCCCACCACCUCCCGCUCCUAGGAGUCCACUACCCAGCCCCUUGUCCCGGUUUAGGGUUGAGUGUAGGGUGGGAGCACGGGCAGGAGUCUCCAGUGGUCUUGGGACCUAGGAAGGUUUGCAUCACCUUGACCGUCAUUCUGUAUGGACUCUUCUUCACUCCUCUUACGAGAACCUCGCUUCCAUUUGCCACCCGACCCCAGUCUGUUCUGAAGGUCUCUUAGCAACUGGAGACACAAGGGAAGGAGCUGGUGAGCCCAGCGUGGCUUCCAGGCAGGUACCCGCCUCUGUGGUCCUUCAUCCUCCUCCCGGGGGGCUUCCUCCGGGGAGUCCCCGUCUGCCCUGACCCUUCACAGAGCACCCAGAUUCCGGGCCCAGGGCUUCUACUCUGCCCCCGGGGAAUGUGCCCCUUUCAUUUCUUCUCAGCAAUAACCCCAUGGGCUCUGGAACCCCUGCCCCGCAACCUUCCCUGCUUCUGAGACUGCCAUCGUAGCUCAGCUCAUCUGCACUCAGACUCCUGUCCCUAAAGUUGGUCUCUGGCAGGCGACAGCUGAGGAGUUCCCGCUCUGUCGGGCGGCACGCUGGGACAGGCGGGUGGAGGGAGACCCCUGGUCGGGCAGCGGGGACAGCCCCCGCACCCUUUGCUCUGCCUGUCGGUGGUCAGAGCGGUGCAGGGGGCAGCUGAGAGACCCAGCAGGCAGAGGGAACAGCAAGAGGUCGAAGGUCUAACGAGAGUGGGAACUCGAACCAGAUCCCAGCUUUCCUGUCCUCCAUGUUCCCCUGGAAACCAACCACACCGCACCGCUGUGACCAGACUGCUGUUCUCUGUAUUGUGAUCUAUCCUCUCAACCGCAACAGAAACAAGGAAUAAAUACCAUUUGUUUCCUA